CAGCAACACUGCAGGAUCAGGCUCCAUUGAAUUUGUGUUUGCUUAUUAUGAACAGUUUUUUCUGAGAAAAUGGAGUCAAUCAAUAACAGUGCUGAUUCUGAGGUGAAGACUGCUGUUCCUCUGUCUCCUGAUGUUUGUGUCCCUCCCAUACUGAGAGACAGAGAUCAUUACCAUGUCUUUGUGAGCUACAGUAAUACUGACUACCACUGGACCCACUGCCUCAUUCAUCAGCUGGAGUCUUGUGGUCUUAAGGUGUGCUACCAUGAGCGUGAUUUCAUUCCUGGACGCACUGUACUGGAAAACAUGUCCGACUGCAUUGAGGAAAGCCAGAAGGUUCUGUUGGUUCUCAGUCCAGAGUUUGUGCGUAGUCGCUGGUGCCUCUUGGAGGCCAACAUGUCUCUGUUCAGAGACUGCUUGGAGAGGAAACCCAUAGUGCCACUAAUGCUGGAGCCUGGAGUCACCGUCCCCCUCCACCUCUGCCACCUCACGUAUCUGGAUGCCAAGGACCCUGAUUUUAUGAGUAAGCUGCUAAAAGUGCUCUGCACCCCCAACCAGCAUCUUCAUGGGUCCACUGUGGUGCCCUUCCAACCUCCAACCAUUUACAAUGGGAAAGCGCUUCAGCCUUUGACUGCUGUCAAUGAUGAGGAACUUAAUACUUGGGAUUCUGGUCACUUCAGUGAAAUGGAGCUGCCAGACCAACUACGCUUAAUCAUUGAAGAUCAAGAACAGUUCAGAACAGCUGUAAGAAUGAUCAAUGACGUUUCUAAAAGUAAAGUUUGGCUGCGCCCACUCUGGGUUAGAGUACUGACCUACUUUUUUUUCAUAUUACUUUUUGCAGGGUUCAUACCUCUAUUUGUAUGCAUAUUCCUCUUUUACACACCAUAUAUUAUAACCGGGCAGUUUGGCUAUCUGAUCGUCUCAGUGAUAACUUUUUCCUCGGUUCCACUUGGACUAUUAAUCCACAUUGUUCUGUGGAUGCGAAAUGACAAGAAGGACAUUGUGAGGGAAAUGCAGAAAACUGUUGGUCAGGCAAACACAAUCCUUUCGGAGGAGAAGGUACUAAUGGGCUGCCAAUCAAAUUCAAAACUCUAUCUGGUCUAUGUGGCACUUGAUGGUUGUAGGAAGGAGUUUGCUGAAACAUUUCCUGGACAGUCCUGUGCUGAAGAGAUGUUUCAAAGAGCUCUGGUCUUCUUCUCAUCAGGUUACGCCUGCUGUCUGUCCAAAAGACAUUUUCCCUUUCCCCAAUCCAGCUCCCCUGGACACAUGGACAGAGGGGUAUGUUUCUGCCAGUAUGUCUCGGAGCAGCUUAGCAGGGGAGAGUGGGAGUAGUGAUGUUCAGUAAGUCCAUGGACUCGCCGGCAAAUCCACAUCAAUGUUUUGUAUGUUUCUGGACACCAGAGGGUUAACUUGAAGAACCCCCCCCCCCAAAAAAAACCCUUUACCUAUUUACUGAGAGUAGAGAGGAUAGUUCAGUGGGAGUGGGGAUGGAUGGACUACCAAUAUGUAGACCCGAGCUUGAGUCACGUUAACACUGAUUUUUUUUUGUCUUUGGACAACACACUUAAUUCCCCUAAUUCAACCCUUAUGGGUCCAUUAACAAUAAAAGAAACAUUUAUGUGGACAUGCUGGCAAGUCUGUGGAAUCAGAGGGUUAUCAGCCGACACAAAAUGGGCUUGCACAAAGGAUCUAGUCAGUUCGUGGCAUAUCCCAGUUCACUUUACGUGUUAGAAAAUACUGCUUUGGUUUAUCAUGUUAAUUCAUGUUUGUAGUCUGAAUAUAAUAACGAAUCAGAGUGGUGCCUCUGAUGUCACUUUAUGCACAAAAGCAACCUGUUUCCAGUGCACCACCCUGUACCAUCGCAAAAGGAUCAAUAUUUGCUCUCGUUUAUAACUUUCAGUAACAGGAUUGAGGAUAUGAAGCAGAGACAAGACACUGUCGCCUGAGGGGAUGGGAGCAACAAAUCUGAACAAGUAGUAAAAAAGCACGGCUGGAAAUAUCAAGCAGACUUGGACUGGACAUUACGGGGGUGACGUCUGGGUCACGCUGUGCAAAUCACAUUGUCACUCAGCCUGAGAGAUUGAAAUGUGUAAUAACUAUAAGUACAUGCCAUGAAAUAUGCUGGAGAAAUGUAGCGUAAUCAUAUAACCAGAUUACGUGUGCAUGUGAUGUGACUGAUGCCGAA